UCGCUGGCAAGAACAACGUUAAUGUUUGGUAGGCAGACAUAAUAAAUACUCAUUCUUGGUGCUAGCGCUGCUAAUUCCUCUAUCGGUGCGCCCCUUUUGACCUUUGGAAAGUUUUUAUCAACCUAAAAACCUGCUGGAACAUAGGCGGAUUUCGCACGGUCGUGUGAUGGAUGAUGUAGAGGCCGAUCCACUCUUCCCGACAGAUGAUAUAGAUCUGCGCCGCCAAAGCCGAAUGAAGGCAGUACGGAUCAUGAUGCGUCCAUUUCGGCUUCGCAAUCCACCCACGCAUCAGGCGCGCGCAACGGUUUAUGGUUCGAACGCUUGGUAGCUUUCACGUGGGUUGUCCUACGGCUGCUCGGCUUGGUCCGAUCGUGGCCGUACCCGCUAUGCGGCAUGGAAAAUUCUGCUUUUUAUCAUCAACAUGGCAUGGUUUCUUAUGAUCACUUGGUUGUUGCUGGCUGCUACCAUCGUUGACGCCAGCACGCAAAUGGAGUUAUGUCGAAGGCAGAAAAACUUCAUGAAAGCCGCGGUCAUUUUGCUGAAAUCGAUCUCGUUCGUCUUCUUCUCUGUUUAUGUCAGUGGGAGCAUGUGGGAUAUGCCGCACCAUCUGAAGACUGUUUACAGUCACUACCUGCAGAGUAAAGCGAAGACAUCCCGGAAAUUAUGCGACACUUUCGAGGAGCGUACGAAUCCGGACUGCGGCGCUGUUCUCAGCAUCAUAGCAUCAUUCUUCUUUCUGCUGCACAAAAGUGGAUUAGGGCUGUUUACCAAUGUUGCCGGUGUCAGCACGCAAAGAUUGCAGUUAUGGGCGCAGACCUUUGACAAAAAUUCGACGCGAGUUGAAGAAUUUCACUACUGGGGUUUGCACGCCGGUGUGAUUGUUGACGUACAGCUGGCUGUGGUCCGCUGCGUUAUAACUACGUAUUGUCUGCUGGCCGUGUGCACGGUCUGCAACUGGCACAGGACGAUCCAUGAUUCGGGGCUCGAUGGUUACCGCGCUACUCUCUCCGCAUGGCAGGCACAUGAGAAAGAAUAUGUGCAAUACGUUUGUGGAGUUUGGAGUGUGUUCACCUUAAAACGGCAAAAAAGCCUCGGCUUACUGUUGCGCAUAUUGUUCGUCCAUGAUUACGUUGCAUGUGCAUUGGUUCUUGGAGAGCUGUAUUAUCACGAAGACGGGUUGCACCAGCCAUGGACCAAUAUAACGGCAGUACUCUCGCAAAUCCUGAUGACCGCCGUCUUAGCAAAUUCCGUCGCUGCCGUCAGCGAUGAGGGCAAUCAUCUGACGGAUGUAUUAGGCACGGUGUUGUCCAAGGUAAAGGGGAUUUCGGAGACCGAAGAACUCCGGCUGUUCAGACAGAUUCGAUGUUUGCAAGAGCACUCUGUGGGUCUGAAGAUCGGUACUAUAUCCGUUGGGACUAAUUUCGUUAAAAUUGCAAUUAUUGCUUUGCUGGUUCUGGUCGGAUCUAUCGCGAAGUGAAACAACAAUUUAGUCUCGAAAACUGCUUUUGGACUUCCGAAUUUUCCAUUACAAGCGUGACAGAGGAUUUUUCACAACGAAAAGUGUUUUUGAUAAUUAAUGUCCAUUAGCGCAAGCAUUUAAGCUUGGACUUACUUUUCCUGAAUAAAU